AUGGCCGUGCUUUUCUUUUCCGCGAGCGCCGCGUCCUCCCCGCUAUCCCCCGUCCCAGUCUCCCUCCUCAUCCCUCUCUUCUUCCUUCUCUCCCUCCUCGCGCGCGCGCUCCUCCCGCACUCGCACACGCUCCACGCGCGCCUGGACCGCUUCCUCCAGACCGUGGCCUUCGCCGCGCUCGCGCUCUUCUUCGCGUCGCGCCUGACCGACGCCUACGCCGCCCGCGCCAUCACCCCCACCCGCUUCUUCCAGUUCUUCCUCGCCGGCGGCGUGUGCGCCUUCCUGACCCACGCCGCCUGCACCCCCAUCGACGUCGUCAAGACCCGCAUCCAGACCACGUCCGGCCGCUACACAGGCAUGCUGGACGCCUUCCGGAAGAUCGUCGCGGAGGAGGGCCCGCUCACCCUCCUCAAGGGCCUGGCCCCGACGGCCGGUGGCUACUUCCUGCACGGCGCUUUCAAGUACUCGUUCUACGAGGUCUUCAAGGUCCUGCUCUCGACCGACCCCACCCACGCCCUCAAGCCGCCGCUCACCAUCGCCGCCGCCGCCGGCUUUCUCGCAGAGUGCAUCGCGUGCACCUUGCUCUGCCCCAUGGAGGCCAUCCGUAUCCGCGCUGUCGCCGACUCCGCCUUUCCCAACGGCGUCUUCACGGGGCUGUCGCUGCUGCUCAAGAGCGAGGGCCUGCACGGCUGGUACAAGGGGCUCCCGGCCAUGCUCAUGAAACAGGUCCCGUACACGGUGGGCCAGUUUGUCAGUUUCGAGCUCGCCGUCACCCUCGUCAAGGGCUUCGUCCGCACCGUCCUGCGCAUAGAGGGCGAGGAAGCCUUCGCCUCCAUCUCCAGCAUCGCCGGCCUGCUCGCUGGCAUCACGGCCGCCAUCAUCUCGCACCCGGGCGAUACCAUUUUGUCCAAGAUUAACCAGGAAGAGGGCGAAGGCUCGGCUUGGUCCCAAAUUGUCCGCGUCGCGAGGACCGCUGGCUUUGCAGGCCUCUUCCUUGGUCUUGGUGCAAGGGUCGUCCAGGUUAGUUGCAUGAUAGGGGGGCAGUUUUUGAUCUACGAUUCUAUCAAGCUCUGGUGUGGCAUUGUCCCGGCCUCGGCUACGGUUGACGCAGUCAAAGUAGAGGCUGUGGAUAUCGCCACAGCGGCUCUGCUUGCAGGAGGGGAAAGUGCUGCCGCGGCUAUUGCGACCAAGCUGAGAUGA